CCGUGUGGAGGAUCGGCGGCAGCGGGACGCAGUUCAGUCCGGCUCUCCGCUGCUUUCUGACGGAUCUACUCCCCGCUGCUGCCGCGGAGGCAUGUUGGGAUUUACCUGGACCUAGACCUGGACCUGGACCUGACUGGACCCGGGACGGAUUUGCCGGAUUUUUUUUUUUAAAAACCUGCUCUGUGUCCGCUGGCUGGAGGAGCGCAAGACCACCGGUUGACACCUUCAGUAUCUAAUUCACUUUCUGACCGAAAAUCUCCCGUCCCUCCCUUCACGUUAAGUGUCUUUUACAGUUAAAUCCAGGGGCUGUUUGCAGUUUAAAUUUAGCCUGUAGAGUGGACUGUAGGCGGCGUACAGAUAACCGAGAAGUAACGGUCAUUUCAGCGGCGGUUGGAGCUCAAUUUAGCCCACAAAAAGUGGACUGUAAGAGGGGUACAGAGAACCGUAAAGUAACGGUCAUUUCUGGGGCGGUUGCUGUCAAACUUAGUCGAGAAAAGGGGACUGUAAGCGGGGUACAGAUAUCCGUGAAGUAACGGUCCUUUCAGCGGCUGUUAGAGCUCAUUUUAACCGACAAAAGGGGACUGUAAGGAGUGUACAGAGAACCGAGAAGUAACGUUUUGUUUAGCGGCUGUUGGAGCUAAAUUUAGCUGACAAAAGGAGACUGUUCUGUGGCAAAGACAGUUACGUUUAGGCACAAAAAAUAAUAUUUAAGAUUAGAGAAAAAGAGAAGGGGGAGACUUCUGGCAGAGGGGAGAUUUCGCCACAACACCGGCCCCGUUUAACCCGGUUUAUCUACCCGGGUUAAGUGAACCAGGUCGCUUUCACCAGGUGAUCUGAUCGUCCGCACAAUGCUGUCCAGAUCCCGCAGAUCCUCCGGACCCUGAAGGCAUCAAAGAGCCAGAGCUCGAGCCGCAGAGAUGCCGCUGUCCGCGCCCUGCAGGCGGGACAGAACCGCUGCUGCCGCGUCUGACGCGGUGGAGCGGCAGCGGUCAGUGAGGGAGCGUGUGGAAGCCGCGGUGUCCGGGCUCGCGGAGCUGGAGUACCUGCGGCAGCGGCAGGAGGGGCUGGUCCGCGCCGCGCUGCCGCGCCGCUGCCGCGAGGCGCAACGUAACUCCGAAGAGAAACUCCUGGAGGAGAACAUCCUGCUCCUCCGGAAACAGCUGAACUGUCUGAGGCGGAGGGACGCGGGACUCAUCAGCCAGCUGCAGGACCUGGACCGGCAGAUCAGCGAUCUGCGAUUGGACAGCGAGGCGUCACAUGACCCGCUGGAGACCGACAGCCGCCCCAGCUCAGGUUUCUAUGAGCUCAGUGACUGGGCGUCUGGUUCUCUCUCUAACUCGUCUAACUCCGUCUUCAGUGAAUGUUUCUGUUCAAUGGCUGAAGCUGACGGACGUCUCCUUUCUGCAGACGACCUGGCCGGCUGUUUGGAGUCUGACGGUUUGGUCGGAGGACUUUGUGACGACUCGCCGCCCGGCGGUACGGUCCGCCGCUCGCUCUCCGCCCCUCACCCGUCUUCCCUGGACGCCGCCGUCUGCUGGGACUCCCAGUCCAAGUUCCACUGCGACCUGCUGGCCAGAAACGGCAACGACAUGUACCGCUACCCGAGCCCACUGCACGCCGUGGCCAACCAGAGCCCACCGCUGCACGCCGCGGCCAACCAGAGCCCACCGCUGCACGCCGUGGCCAACCAGAGCCCACCGCUGCACGCCACGGCCACCCAGAGCCCACCGCUGCACGCCGCGGCCACCCAGAGCCCACCGCUGCACGCCACGGCCACCCAGAGCCCAUCGCUGCACGCCGCGGCCACCCAGAGCCCAUCGCUGCACGCCGCGGCCACCCAGAGCCUGGGCUUCCUGAUGAUGUUGGGUCAUGGCGCUCCCAGCAGAGACGACGGGACGCUGAAAAGCGUUGAAGGACUCAGAGCAGAAGCUGUUGUGUCUCAGAGCGUUUCCUGGCCGGUUUCCUCUUCCUCUUCCUCCCAGACGUUCUCCACUAAGCGCCUGGACAGCUACAUCUUUAGCGUGCUGCAGCGGCGGGCGCUGCCCGUCCGAACCAACAGACCCAGGACCAGCAUCAGCACGGACCCGUCGAAGAGCGUCCUGCGGCAGGCCAGUCUCUGUGCGAGGCAGGCGUCCGGGUCCGGGACUCUGCGGGCGUCAGCCACCAUCUUGUCUCCACGCAGGUCUGUGGAUGUUUCCCCAGACUGCGGCGUUGAAACGAUGCAUCGUGGCGUCAGGAUUACCGGCGGUGACUCGAGCAUCCAGGACGUCUCCUCCGUCCCUAACGCAGACGGUCUGCUGAAACAGAAAAGCAAAAGGCUUCUUCCUCCCGCGGCGACUCUCCCCAGAGACUUCAGGGCGCUGGGCGGUCCCCGGGGAACUCCUCCCCCAAGGGCGCCCGGCAGCCGCCGAGUUUCUUUCCCGAAGAGGAAGUCCUCGCCGCAUCGAGUCCCGGGACCACCCCGGAGCAAACGGAGACGGCCGAAGGCUCGGCGCGGGACACAGCCAUGGGUUCGUCCUCCCAGAGUCAGGACGAAGCCGGAGGAGGAAGUCAGACGCUGCACGGCGAGUACGUUCCCGCCCAGCCAGAGCGCCAAACACCGCAAAAAUAGCAGCAGGAACGUCAAGGAGAAGAACACCACGGUGGGGAAGAACACCACGGUGGGGAAGAACACCACGAUGAUGAAGAACACCACGAUGAUGAAGACGAGUCGAGCCUCUGAACACAGCGAACGCAGACACGCACACACGUCUGAGAGGAGGGGAGAUAAAUCCCACCACCGAUCCCGACUGUUGGAGGACCUCAGAUUCUCCCGGAGAGACGCGGCCAACCGGCUUCCUGCGUCCAUCCCAGAAGGCCGAGUCCUGGACAAACUUGCCGCGGCGCUGCCGAGCGGCGUGCGCUCCGGAAGCUCCAAACACCACCACCAUCACGGGCGCGAGCCGGUCGUCGCCAAACCCAAACACAAGCGGAGCGAUUACCGGCGCCUGCGUGCGAUCGUGGAGGCACCGUACGACGAGGCGUUCAGGCGUGCUCAGCGCCGCCGGAGAAAGGAGCUGUUGAGACGAUCGGCGGCCGGUGGCGUGCAGCCGUGCAGCCCGUACGCGGCGUCCGCGGCGCGCGGCAGCGACUCGGAGUAUUCGGCCGAGUGUGCGUCGCUCUUCCACUCGACCAUCGCGGACACGAGCGAGGACGAGCGCUCCGACUACACCGCCGACUGCUGAGACAGCGAGUCCAGCGGUAGCAGCAGCGGUGGCGAGGAGGAGGAGGAAAGCGACGCCACGGGCGACACGGAGGAGAGCGGAGGGGGCGGGACAGGCAGGGGCGGAGCCAGUUAGCCGCCGCCGCUGCUAACGGGAGAGCGGCGAAAACGGGAAAUGACCCGCUCAGGCGGGCGUUUUGUAAAGAUCAAAGCCUCACACAACCUGAAAAAGAAGAUCCUUCGCUUCAGGUCGGGCUCGCUCAAACUCAUGACCACCGUGUGAGUCACAGCGUCUGUCGGUGAUACCACCGUGUGAGUCACAGCGUCUGUCGGCGAUACCACCGUGUGAGUCACAGCGUCUGUCGGCGAUACCACCGUGUGAGUCACAGCGUCUGUCGGUGAUACCACCGCGUGAGUCACAGCGUCUGUCGGCGAACCACCGCGUGAGUCACAGCGUCUGUCGGCGAACCACCGCGUGAGUCACAGCGUUUGCCGGUAGAGGCCAUGUUACACGCUGCACGCUUCUCUGGGCUUCAUCUACUUCCUGUUAGGGUUGCAAAGGGGCAGAAAGUUUCCGGUAAAUUUCCGGAAACUUUCCAUGGAAAGUUAAGCUGGGGAAUUUUGGAAACAUUCCAAUUUGGAAACUUUCAUGGAAAUUAUGGGUAUUAAGGGAAAUUUACGAGCAUUAACUGGAAAUGUUGGGUAAUUCAUACAAACUCUCUUAUAAAAACAUGAAUAUAAACAUUUUGUUUUGUAAUAAGCAGACAGGCAUAUGCAGUGAAUACUUUGAGUUAUUCGUCAGUAUAACUUAGAUAUUCUUUUCCAGCCUAUCAAGAACAAGUGGGCUAUACAGUUAACACAUAAUAAUAGUUGUGGGUUAUGUAUUACCCCCGCAUUUUAAAAACUAAAUGUUGGACAGUAUGUAGUAGCCCCUGCUGAUACUGCGUGCAUGUCAUUUAUGAAUUUAGGGAGGAAAUUCAACUGAAGUUGCAUUAAAUCAAGUUGUUUUAACCAAGAUUAUGCUGCAAGAUCCUUGUUAUAGACUAACAGUAUUAUAAUAAGCAAUAUUAAAAAUAUCCAGUUUAUUCCCGUUAAUUCCCACGAAUUCCCAUAUAUUCCCAUUUAUUCCCAUAUAUUCUCA